CUAUGACCUUGUGUUAUGUUCUGAAACUGAAAGGUGGCAGGAAGUCAGCCGUGUUACUCGCUUAGCUGUUCAUUCGCUAUCAGCUUUCUUAGCUCAAGCUUUCGAGGUGAAUAUCAUCGUAAAGUAUCAGAGAGCGGAACCAAAAAGAAGGAGGCCUUGUAACGUAUGACAGUAGUCAGCUAGAAGGUAUUCAAAGUCGUGAGUGAUUUUAGUUCAAGCAUGCGAGCAAAAUAACUCGAAUACUGUGUUACAAAGGAUAAAUGAAUUUUCUUCAAAAAUUGUAUCGAGCGUUGCUCUCAUUUUAGAAGGCUGACACACAUUUGCAUUUAGUUUAUUUACAACGACGUGCUAUUCCUAGUUUAACUGAAACGUCAUGUCACGGCGGGCUGGUUAUGAAACAGGAUCCAGCGCUUCGGCAGAGUAUUGUUCAUCCUGUUUUGAUUCGCAGAGGAAAUUACCAUAUCUAUCAGAGAGUUGGUAAGCAGUAGACUCUUAACUUAGUGGAUAGUCUUGUGGGGUGAUCAGUUUGGCGUCAGGAACGGCUGUGAAGAACAACUUUGUUUGCCCAACUGAGUUAGACUCAUUUGUAGCGGUAACUGUAUUUUUAAGCAUAUUUCAGUUCCACUUAGAAACCAAUAUCCGCCACGAUAGGAGACGAACUGAUCUCAUACAACGAGAAAGCGAUUCUCAAACAGAAUAUCCACGCAGGCAAACCACGUGGCGUAUGAAAAGUCAGAUUUGCCCUUCUUCAAAUUGGCAUUUAACGUGCUGCGAACAUCAUUUUCAAUUUUCUGCGCUACUGAACUCUGUUGUGCUAUUAGUGACCGCAGGUCGUCUAUAAAAGAUAAUUAUGCCCUAGGAAAGAAUAACAUCUAGGUUCACUUAUAUUGGAUUAUUAGAUUAUUGAUUGGUGAAUAUAUUAUUAGAUUUACUUAUAUCUGGAGAAGAAUGGUAUAUGCAUAUGUUCAUGCAGAUUAUUUCAACUUAAUGAUCUAAUUCAACCGGUUUAGGAUAACGACUGACAGUCUGGUAUUAUGUAAUGGCUCGAUUCUAAAUUAUAGAUAUUCAUGUCUUUCCGCAUAUCGAGUUUACUGAUCAAUUGCUCUCUUUCAGUUUGCUUAAUAUUUUAAAAUGUUUAUUCGUUUUGUUAUUGACUGUACGAUAAGGAAUUAAUUUUCUUAUUUAUCUUUACAUCUUUAAAUUAGAUUGAAGUUUUUCCACUGGUAACCAACCUUACAACAUAGAAAUGACUCAAGUCUGGACCAUAGUUGUUCUUACCUUCUUGAGCGCCAUCUUUGUUCGUUGUGGUUGGUAGAAAAAGUUAUUUUUAUUUUUGAUUCAGAUGCUAUGCUGCUCAUAGCCAAGUAAUAAUACAUGAUAGUGACAUUUUACUCUUGGAGUAUGAGGAUAGCAUUGAAAAGCUAUUCACGGCAAAUGAAUUUCUACAAAGUUUAAGUGCGAGACAGAAUCCUCGUCUGCUGAGGAUACUUGGGACUACCACAAAAAUAUGUAUCGUGUGUAGAGUUUACUUUUAUUAGCUUCAUACAUUUCGGUUUCCUUGAGCUUGUCCACUUUUUUACGAACUGUACGGGCCUGAAAUUUUUUCAGGCCUCAUUUCAACUACUAGGUCAGUAGUGUUCAUAACUGCGAGGAUCGAUUCUAUAUUCGUUUCUUCAACCGCAGUGCACACAUAUGAUUUUCACAUGUUUACAGCCAUUAUUCACCACUUCGAAGGUGGUGAAUUUGGAUUCAACAGUUGGCUUGUUAGCUCAGUUGGUAGAGCGCUGCACCGGUUUCACUGAGGUCAUGGGUUUUAAUAAUCAUUCCCUUUACUUUCUUUUACCGAUAAACAGAAAAUAACCUCACUCAAGUGCAUUCUAAUGCAAGGUUUGUAUGCUUAACAUUCCUCAGAAGUGCUAAUGCUAAGUGCUCUGUAUAAUAUCUCUCUCAGUUUUAUCUAUUUAUUUAUUCAUUCAUUUACAUGCUCAUACAUUAUUUCCUUUUCAUUGUUUCUAUAUCUUUAGCUGCAUUCCAGCAUUUCCUCCGGUGAAUGCCUCCGCAAGAAACGCAUCCUGUAUAUUUUACGAGUAUAAAGGCGAAUUCUGUAAAAACAUAACCAGUAGUCUAUACGUUUAUGGUGAUCAGUCCACAUUGGAUACUGGUGAAAGGGAAACUGUGAACUUUAAGGGUUAUUUCGACGUUCUUAAGAUCGCACCGGAGUGCGGGAUCCCAUUCAAAGACUUGUUCUGUGAAUACAGUUUCCCUAAGUGUGAUGAAUCACUGGCUCAGCCUAAAAAACGCCGUACUUGUCGCAGCUCAUGCGAAUAUUUGCAAGUCGUCUGCAAAAGGGAAAUGGCCUUAAUCAGAGAUAUACCGAUCUUUCGACGCUACGUAGACUUGGCAAAUUGCUCGAACCCUAGAUUUGCUGCUGCUAAUGGUGGCGAUGCUCCUGAGUGCUAUCAAUGGUACAAUCUUCCUGGUAGGUAUUGCAGCGUCAUCUUUAACUCCUUUAUUCAAACAAGUUACCCGCGUAAUCUGGUCAUGUCGGUUGAGAAUUAAAGAACCCUUUGGCUUUUACAGGGUCACUGCGCUGUGUGUCUGAGGGAAGAUAUAUUGCACUAUACGGUGCCUCUUCCCUCCCAGGUGUAUUAAUGGGUACUGGCGAUUUGUCGGGGAAACUUUCCGAAGUGCAGAGGGAGGAGGGAGAGAGAUUACCCGCGAUUGAUUUGAAUCCCAUCUUUGGGGAAUAGUAAUACUUAGUAUGUACUAAAACAGCGGAUAGCGUUGGAGGCGCGCUCUGAUUGGCUGCUCCAUCCCCAACUAUCCUUUGCUAUUCACCUCCGAUCAACUCGGGCGGAAUUUGCGCCCUAAAAUAUUAUGAUCGUUGCAGGAAUAAAUGAGUUAAAAUCAUAUUUUUGUGCUAUAUCAUCCUACUAUUUUAGAAUAUACUAAAACACCUAUUCACCCCAGUGUCUGUGGUUAGCGGUGGAUAUUUAUCUCGCCGCUUCGCAGCUCAGUAAAUAUCCACCAGUAGCCACCUCCACUCUGGUCAAUAGCUGUUAAUUCAUGUCACGAAAAGUAGGAGCGCUCCGGCAGCAUAUGAGCCACGUGCAUUUGCUUGUGUGAAGACAAAAACAUAUAAAAAAAUCUAACGCUAGGAAAUAAUUGUAAUAUUUUUAGCCUAUCAUAUCGAUGAGAUAAUUUUAUAUUUUCUGACCUCAACUACUCUCGCUUUUCUCCAUCUCCUAUAGGUGAUGACACUGAAAGUACAGGUCUGUUAUUAAUGUUCUGAAUUGUUAUUUUACGAUCUCUAGUCGAACGCUGUCUGAUACGUCCAUAGUGCUUUGAACAAAAAGAUCAAGAUUUGAUAAAAAAAAUAGAUGAUUUCUGUAUAUGUUAAGUUAUGCUUCAAGCGAUGACAUAAAAGUAACUAACAUUUUAUUCAGGCUUCUCGCCCUCCCAGUCGACAUCACUCCACGGUGUAGCACUUCAAGUUCUAUGAGGUUGAUAAACACGAAGGGACUAGUUCCUGUAACUAGUUCCUGUGACUAGUCCCGAGGACCAAGUCCUUUCGUGUGAACUACCCAGUUUCACUGAAAAAUGUAGUUGCAGGUAACAAAAUGUGGUCCACGAUUUCAACAAGUUCUUGGAACUUGUUCCCACAAAUUAUACAGGUCCCUGUGUAUGAACUUUUAAAGUGACAGGUCCUUGCAAUUGCGACCAAAUGAAAGUAAUCCAAUCACUGAUCUGUAUUUAAGUUGCCAUAACCCCUUUCGUACUCCGUUUCAAUAUGGCGGCCUUUUUUUAAUGGCUGCUGUUUUUCAGCUCUGGAAGUGUAGUAUACAGAAACUUCGGCGAAAAAAGCAAAUGCUUUCAAAAUUGUAAAUGCUUGACCAAUCUUAUAAAUGGAAGAGAUGCUGUUGUCUGACGUGAGCGUGUCCUACAAUUGUUUGGAGUUAAUUUUUUAAAUUAAGUUCCAUUGUUUAGGAUCGCUCCUUGUUCGCUGAAUUUCAGUGAAAGCGCCCUAGGUUUUGCUAUCUCGAUGUUAAACAGGUCCCAGUAGGUAAACUCUUCAGGGGACUUGUUCCCACAACUGGUCCCAUCGUGUUAACCGUACAGCGGACUAGUCCCUAAAACAAAUCCCUGCUACACUCCCCUCGUGUGUACCGACCUCUACGUUGACAGUACCUUAACAUCUAGAUGCGAUUAAUUUUAGAUUGUUUCUAUGGUGUGGGAGUUGGUUACCGUGGCAACAUGAACGUCACUCGGUCUGGUCGUAUAUGUCAGUCGUGGAAAUCGCAGUGUCCUCAUCGUCACUUGCGGAUUCCUAAAGAUGUCGCUGAUUCCAAAAAUGACUCGAACAUGUGUCGUAACCCAGACAGCAGUGCCCCGGAUGGACCAUGGUGUUAUACCGCUGACCCAAAUGUUCGAUGGGAAUACUGCAACGUAUCUCGAUGUCCCUCUAGAGGUAAAUUUAGUCAUAAAGAGAACUUACGCGAGAGCCAAAGGGCACAAGUGAAAAUGGAAGAUUGAAAGUAUAAAUGGAAUUAAAGAAUCAUUUUAAAAUUCUUUUUAGAACAUAAUAUACCGACAUAUUGUUCAGAUACUGACGAAAAAUAAUUUAGGAUGUCAUAUUCUGGGGCAUCAUUUCCUUCGCUUUGUUUCAUGCGGAGACAAAUUUUAUGGAAGAUUUCACAAUAUUACCCAAGGUCAGGCUUAGAGAAAACGUAGAUCAAGAGCAGACUUAAGCAGAUUAAUUACCAGGCGCUCUUUGAUCAUGGUAAAAUAACCAAACAGCUGAAGGAUUCUUGUUCAGAGAUCUCUAUCGUUUAUUGAUGACUUUAACGUAACAUGAUCUCAGUCCUCUCGGACUUCAGACUCUGCUCCAGAUCAACCAAAGGAACACACUCUUCUUUACUGUGGACCAAAAUCUUUAAGAGAUAAAGAGUGUUUUUUUUAUGUUUAUGUUACUAGUUCCAGAAGAGGCUCCCACUUUCCUUAAAGGCCACCCUCUCAAUUCAACAGCCAUUUUAAUCUCUUGGAAGAACAUACCUCCUUCUCGUCAUGAAGAAAAACUGUUGGGUUAUCGGAUUCAAUACCGGAGCAAAGGGUCCGAGCUCUAUGAUGAAGCAAACACAACGAGCAACUUGACUCAGGAUGUUCUUACAAAGCUCCGUCCAAACACAGCAUACGAGAUUAUGGUCAAUGGGUUCAAUGAAAUUGGCCACGGGCCAAGUAGCACGGUCCUUGAUUUAAAAACUCUGUCUUCUGGUAUGUAGGGUAUAUACCACUUUCAGUUAAAUUGACAGUUAACAGUUAACAGUUAACAGCUUUGUUGAUAUCCGGGUGCCAAUGAUGCGUUUCAAACAGAUGUCAUAAUUAUGUUAUCAUGAGUGGGGAAAUGAGGUUGAAUGCCACUGAUCAUGACGAGGAGAAACUCAUAUUACAUUUCUCUUUUCCGCAUAAUUGAAAGUUUCAACCUUUUAGCAUUAAACUAGCUGUACAUUACUAUUUGGAAAUCAUUAAUCAGCCAAACAAAUUUUAGUUCGUAAUUUGCUAUAUUCAUCCAUUUGUGUUCCUUUUUUGUCUUGUUAUCACUUCCCUGUGUUCUUUGGUUGAUUUUCAGGUGAGGAAAUAUUAGAGGCUGACUUCCAGCUGAUCAUAGAUUCUGUUUUCAGCAGCGAUCUACUCAACAGUAGCAGUAAAAGGUUCUUGGAAAUGGCUGAACUCAUUAGAAUUUCAGUAAGGAACAAUUGGUUUGGUAAAAUUUUGAUUGAUGGAUGGCAAAGAAGUGCUUUUAAAUUUUUGCAUGCUCUGUUUUUGAAUAAAACAUUUUUUUCUUUUAGAUAAAACACCACUUCAACAAAUCUUCUAUUUUGAAGAUAUAUGACGUCAUAACUAUACAUUUUAGGUAAGAAACUAUUUUAUCCUCGUUUAAAGAUUUCGUUGGCCAUUUAAAGCCUUUAUUGGCCCCUUUUUGGUUUCCAAACACCCUUACUUUCAAAAUGAGGCCAAUUAGAUAACAUUUCAGAAGACAAUUAACUUUGUCCCCCAUGGAUUAAAAUUUCCGUUCCUUGUAAAAGGUUUUGCACUCACCCACGUUUCAAGACUGAAGCAUUGGGUACCUUGCAGAUGGUUCAUUCGAGAAAAGCAGCUCUCAUGACAAACAUUAUCUUAUUUACCGCUGGUGAAGUAUUCUUAAGUAUUUUGUUACUCUUGUUUUUAGAAAUGGCAGCCUGAGGGCAGACAUUAAAGUCCUUGCAACAAUAAAUACGAACACAACCGACAAAGAUGAUGCUCUUAAUCAUUUGAUAGGAGGGAUGCGUUCGUCGUUUGGAGAUCGCCUUAAAAUUACUUCCAUACGGGUUCAGGGUAAGUAAAGCUUUUUGGAUGCUUAUAAGAACUACCCUACUCUCAAAUCAUUCCCCCCCCCCCAAAAAAAAAAAAAAAAAAAAAAAAAGAAAUGAAAAACGCCACAUAAUAUGGGUUAUGAAGUUUUAAAGCUGUGGUUUUUUAAUUAUGUAUUGUUGAUUCUUCCUUCUUUCGCUAGAAACACCGAGGUCCCCUAAAAGUUUCUCUGUAAAGAAUGCACAGAAAAAAUAUCUUAUUUUGAUAUGGGAGGAGCCAGAGUAUGGCAGCCUAUACCAGAUACAAAACUACACUAUAGAGCGAAAGAUAUCAAGACUGAAGAACUUUACCGCACUUUGGACAAUUCCUUACCCUAAGACCACGAUGAUCAUGGAGAACUUAGAUCCCUCCACAGAAUACACCAUCAUAUUAUCAAGCAACAAUAAGUAUGGGAGGUCUGAGGGUGUAUUGCUAACACAAAAGACGCUGCCAGGUAAUAACAACACCGAGAGUGGGUUUCUCCCUCCCCAAAUGACCAGCACCAAGUUGAUCUUUACAUGUGUACAGGUACUUUCCAGAAGGAAAUUAUUCGAAAAUUCACCAAGUUAGUGAAAAGAGAAAGGAAUUGUCAACAAUAACAACUAAUGUCAUCCAACGCUAAGACAAGACGCGAUCAUAGUGUUUGAUACUUCUGUUCUAUAGUAUUAAAUAAUUCUGCCCUAGUUUUCUUUGUUCCUAAAUUAAUGUAAUAUCAAAAAGUUCAAACGUGAAAACAAAGGUAUCAAGGAAAAAAAGGUUCCAAUUGUCUAUCUUUCUUAUUGAAGACACAAAUUGACCAAAACGCUUGUAAGCGAAAGGUUAAUGCUUCAUGUCAUUUGCUCACGAUAAGCAUUUGCUUUUUUUUCCAACUUACAGACGGAUUCAUCAGAGAUUUGAUGUUGGUUAUAGUCUUGCCCUUGUUCUUAGCUGCUGUAUUUAUAUUGGCUGUUUGCUUAAAGUUUCGGCCAAUAUGUAAAUCAAAACAGAAGAGAGAAGAGGUAAUUUGACUUGAAUUUUAUGAUGAAGUUAUCCAGUGAUCUAAUGUUUGAAAGAGUAAUUCGCUGUUGCAUUGUUCUUGAAGAUUGAGCUCUCCAUGAAAGUUGGAGACUGGGCGGAAAUUCCCAGAUCAGAUGUUACUCUCCAAGACAAGCUGGGAGAAGGUGCAUUUGGGGAGGUGUACAAAGGCUUGGUACGCAUGGGAGAACUAGUGAAAGCAUGCGCAGUAAAAAAACUUAAAGGUAAACAUUCUUGAUGAAGCUUUAAAUUUGAUUGCUUGACUGAUUUUUUAGUUAAUAAGCUCAGUAAGUUAAUAAGUGAAUGAUCGAUUUACAAAAUUUAUGAUCGGUUGUUAAUUUCUUGAUCGAAAGCAAAUGCAUUAGAUGCCUUUCAAGUGUUUGAUACAAAUUUGUAAACAGAUUUGCUGCCCCUUGGAUAUCAGUAAAGCUUAGAAUAUUUCUUUGUAGUGAAUGCUACAGAAACAGAGAGACGGGACCUGAUUAACGAGCUAGCAGUCAUGGUCGCAGUUGGUGAACAUCCCAAUGUCUUAAGUCUUAUUGGAGCUUGUACCAAGACUGGUAACUUUUAGUUAAUAUUUAUUAAUGUUCUGCGUGCAGUAUCCUUUCCAAUUUCGUCCUUCUAUGUAAUGAUAAAUUCCCAAUUAUGCAACGCAAACAGUUCAACACUUAACUGCAAUUCUUGAUUCACAACUUUAAUAUUUAACUUUGUCACAAAUUCUAGAGCCAGUAUUGAUGAUUGUCACUUUGGCCCCGAAUGGCUGUUUGUUGGACCAACUGAAGAAGAAUAGAGAAAAUCCAUAUUACAAUGUUUCGAAAAAGGAAAUAAACUUCACGCCCCAAGACAAAGUGAAGAUCGCAAGAGAUGUAGCUUGUGGAAUGUUACACCUGGCCAGCAAAAAGGUGCAAGAUCCAAUAACGAAUUCAAAGAAAUAUUUACUUUCUAGAGGAUUAUCUAAUUUUUAUUUGGCUUCUCUUUCUUAGUGUAUUCAUCGUGACCUUGCAGCAAGAAACGUGCUUCUUGGCGAGGAGAAUGUUGCCAUGGUUUCCGACUUCGGCCUGUCACGUGAUGUGUACGAAAGUGGUGAAUACGAAAGCACAUCCGGGGUAUGGACAGUAUUCUCGUGUUUAAAAAAUGGGGAGAGUAGUUAAAACGACAAAUUAUAGCUUAUUUUUUUAUUUCAUGGAAUGCAUGCUAAAAUCUGUAGUUCCAGCUACAUCGUAUUGCAAAGAUUCAACCUCCUUUGAAGUGUUACGGUACACGUUAACCGACAGAAAGAACACUUUGCUCCUUCAAACCCACCUACUUUAUUAAACAACACGUCUAAAAUGAAUGUGAAAGCGAUUUUCGAACUUCGUCUUAAUAUAAGUUAAAUCUUAUGAAGAAGCGACUCUUAUGAAAUUAAAGCAACAACAAUGAAAACAAUAGCAAUUCUCUAAAGUAUUCUGGAAAUUCUAGAAGAUUACAACACAACUAUUUUAGUAGAAUUACAUCAUUAUCACAAAACCUAACAGAAUUUUCUAGAAUGUUCCAUUGUAUGUUAUUAGAUGGUUCGAGUAUCCAUGUCACCGUGAGUUAGCGUUCUAGAAAUUUCGAGAAACUGCUAUUUACAUUCACUGUCCAUAGCAGAAGACACUCGUAAAUAACAGCUGAUAUUCUCAUUAAUCAGAUAUCCAGCAGACUUUUUUCAAUUCGUUUCAAGCAAUUAAAGGGUUCAGGGAUCCUUUGGCGGUGCUAAGUCCCCUUGUGGUCCUCACAAUCUCAGUUUUAUCUCCCUGAUCCAAUGUCGUCUUAACAUACAACUAUAAAAAUUCACGAUUUUUCGUAUGUACUAUUCUUCAGUGUUAUUUAAACUGAAUUGUUUUUAGUCAAACUGUGCUUUAAAAUUUUUCUUCCAAAAAAAGGGAAUAUUACCAGUUCGUUGGAUGGCUCUUGAGUCUUUGGAGGAUUACACGUACAAUACUAAAACAGAUGUGUAAGUUAACUCUGUGAGGAAUUAUGAGGGAAAGUUAAAAUUGUAAAGCUACAUGCUAUUAGCCAAUAGGGGUCCUAAUAACUGAUUAAACUUUGAAGCUAUUUUAUGGUCUCUGAGUGUUUUCCAUUGAAAUUAAGCAGCAGAUACUUCCCUCGACAUGAUAAUGAAGCUCUAAGAACAAGUCGGGUACUCUAUAAGCAUACUGAUGCACGGUUGUAAUGUUAAGAUAUAGCUCAGAUGCUAUAUCAAAUUCAUGCUUUCCUUUAUAUACUAGUUAUAUCGAGAUAUAGCUAGUAAUAAUGUUGGGGUUAGGGCGUUAUUGCAAUUUGGAAUCAUGAUUCCGUUAGAAAUAAUUUUGUUUUUAUUGUAAAAUGACCUAAUAGUGCUAUUUUGCGACAGAUGGUCCUUUGGAGUGUUAUUAUGGGAGAUUGAAUCUGGAGGUAAACAGUUUUAGCAUUGAGAAUUUUUACCUAUUUCAUAUUAAAGGAUAUGUGAGUAAGUUGAGAUUUCGAAUACCCACACAAAACAUCAUCAUCAUCAUCAUCAUAUUCAACUGAAUAUCUGCUGCAGAUAUAGGGUUACCAUGUCAACUGCACACGUUAUUGUAUAUUUCACGUAUUCUCUCGACUUAUCAGAGUUUCAAAGUAAGUCUACUGUAUAAUAAUUAUCAUUAGUCGUCUUACUGAGACAAGCUGCUGAUUAAACCAUUAACAAAGACUGAAAUCUUUAUCUUUCCUUUCAAGGUAAAAUGCCGUAUUCUGGUCUUGGCGGAAUGGAAAUAAUAGAAUUUCUGAAAGCAGGAAAAGUGUUAGCCAAGCCGGAUGAAUGCCCAGAUGAAAUGUAAAUAAUCUUGAAUAGAAUAGGACCCCGGUCUGCCACAAUUGUUCAACUCUGAGGUGUGACUAAACAGAAUCGUUUUUCUUUUCACAGCUACGAUAUGAUGAAGUCAUGCUGGAGUUUGGAUUCCACAAAGCGUCCAUCAUUUUCUGAGCUUUUGGAAUCACUCGAGGAAAAAAUAAAGACAAAACGCGUAAGAGUUUAAUUGUCACCGAAAAAAGUUUAUGAUCGUCUGUACUCCUUGCAUCAGGAAAUGGAAUUUGAUCGGGAAAGAGCAGAAGGAAAUAGAUGAAGAGCUCUUUGUGGGCUCAUAUGCUAAAUAAUAUUUGUUUCACUAGUUUAUCUUGUUGGUAUCGAAGAUGACGUAACCUUUAUGGCAAGUUAAUUGGCUCGACGAUGGUACUUAUGUGGAGUAAGUUAUUGAGAUGGUCCACUGAUGUGUUGACCUAAUUGCGGGUGUGUUGUGUUCAGUUGCGAUUGAGUGAAAGAAAAGGACUUUGUUUGUGUUAAAGAACAUCAAGUUAAAUCACUUUUGAAGUCAGGUUUAAAGAAAUUACAUCAUGAUACUUGACAAACAUUGAUGGAAAUACUGAAAAAAAUGGAUCCAACGGGAGAAGAAAUAUUCAGUACAAAUUUUAACAUUCAUGAUCAGUAGAGCUGUGUAUCGUUCAACGAGUAAAAGAAAAUUAAUGGAGAACUUGCUCUUUCCCUUUAUUUAAUGCAUAGGCUUAUUACUGUUUGUUUUAUUUUUUGUAGGAUGUCCUGGAGGAUGAGAACUGUCUUGAACUGGAUAUCAAGGGAAUUACAAAUAUCUCAAUGGACGGAAGUGAUGACUAAGAUGGAAACGACUGCCAAAUAGCUUAAAGAGCUUUUGUAGGAGGUCAAAUACCUUUAGGCUAGCAUUUUAGUUCCUUUUGGUCAUCUUUCAUGAUUUUCUUUAAAGUAGUCAUUUGCGCUGCGUAUUCAAUGGAAAACCUUUCAUGUUCGCAUGUAUAAAAUAUUUUCAUUCAUCUAUGCCUUUGUAUGUGAUCCAAAAAAAUCGUUGUCGUCCAUCACUAGAAGCAGCGAACUUAAUUAUUGCAC